AUGGAGAAAUACAUCAGCGCAACCUUUCCGGGUAAAAUCGUGGAAGAAUUUCGCACUUAUGAGGACUUCUUGGGUUCUCAAAUGAAUCCUUCGGAUCAAUAUUACCUUGGGGGUCAGGAUCUGGCCCGCCAGCUGGUGGAGCUGGGCCACAAGGGCAGCAGUUUGGAGAGAGAGGAAUUUGAGACAACGAAAGCAGCUGCUGAAGCCUCCAGGCUUGCUACAAUGAGCCAACAGAUGAAACUGGCAAAUGCAGUAAAAUAACUCAAAGAUAACUUCCUGAGAGCCCUGGCAGAGCAGGAGGAGGCCAACCGCAGUGGGGAAAUGACUUCCAUAAUUUUCAUAAGAGACCAAAUUUCUUAUGGACAUGAAAUAUCUGGGAUAUAUAUAUACUACACCCACAGACUAAAAUCUGAAGACUUUGAACCAUAUUUCAAUGGAAAGAGAAGGCUUCUGCCAAAACCAACUGACUUAAGCUUCUUCAACUGGGAAACACAAGUGGCUAAAAUACAAUGCCAGCUUAAUGAGGUGAUCAAAGAUAAUUGAAGUGGUUUGCUCUUCAAGAACAAUCACAACAGAAAAAUCUUGAAUGUUGAUCCAGAGGUGAGCAUGUUUAAUAUGAACAGGACUGGUGAGGCACAGGCUAUUGGCUAA